AUGGCGUUCUCAAACUCUACCUGCUCGUACUUCGUCGAGACCGAUGAGCCUCAGUACUCCCGCCUUCAACCCAGAGAAGCUGCCAAACUGCUGGCACGCAACAGACAAGAAAUGAUCGGCAAUGAGCUCUCGCGCCUGGCUGGCGAUGAGUACCUGGAGGACAUCAUGCAACACAUGAGACACAUGGAGGACGAGACUUUGCCCGACGUGAACUUAAUCGACAUGCAGCGGGAAAUCCAGUGGUUCAUGAGACCCUUCCUGAUCGACUUCCUCAUCGAGGCACACGCCGCGUUUGCGUUGUUGCCCGAGACUCUGUUCCUGACCGUCAACCUACUGGAUCGCUACUGCUCAAAGCGGGUCGUGUAUAAGCAGCACUACCAACUCGUCGGAUGUGCCGCCCUCCUCAUCGCUGCCAAGUAUGGUGACAAGAAGGACCGUGUUCCCCAGAUCAACGAGCUCAACAACAUGUGCUGCGGACUGUACGACUCCGGCAUGUUCACUCAGAUGGAGAUGCACGUCCUGAACACUCUCGAGUGGUCUAUUGGACACCCGACCGUCGACUUUUUUAGCCAACUGAUCGUCGCAGAGGAGUCUGAUGACCGCCAGGUCGAGCACAUGGCCGCUUACCUGUGUGAGAUCGCCUUGUACCACCGCGAUUUCGUAUCUACCAAGCCGUCGGUCAUGGCACGAUCCUCGCUGGCUCUGGCCAGGGCGAUUCUGGGUCGGCCCGAGAUUAACGAUGGAGAGUGGGAUCCCGUCGAGAGCGACACCCUGCUGUCGUUGUCCCAGCACCUGCACCAACCCUCAGCCACCCUCUCAAGAAAAUACUCGUCGCCGCACCUCUCGAGAGUAUCCGCGAGCCUCACGGAGUUCCUAGCCCAGCAGGCUGCUAUCCAGUCUCGACGUGCAGGACCACCUUCGCCCCCUGCCGAACCCGCCCUGUCAUCCAAGUCCGGUAACAUCUACAGCACCCCACAGAAGGGACACGGCGCCACCAUUGGCGUCGCCGACGGCUACAUGACGCCGCCGAUCACCCCCGACGGUGUCUGCUUUGGUGUCACGGACCCGAUGAACAGAUACGUCCCGCCCCGGUGUCCCGUGACGCCGACACCCCAGGUUCCCCCGACGAGCGCAUAUGUUCCCCAACAGCAACACAUGCAGCUCUACCCCACACACUCUCACAAUGAGUACAGUAGCCACAUGAUGGCUCACUAA